AACAGUGUUUCCGGUUACUAUUGUAUUACACUUCCAUGUUUUUCACCUCAAACUGUGCCCGUAAUGUAACCUACAAAGGGCAGCGUUGUCACUGUUAGGUGAGUCCUCCCAGGUAGGAAGUUGGAUUAUCGGUUGUCACGUCGCCCAGGUUGCGUCCAGUGGAAGAGGUGUUGACCCCGGGGGGCAACAUGGCGAACUGUUUGGCUUUCCAGAGCAAGCUCACCUCGAUCAUGGAGAUGUUAGCUAAAGCCGCCGUGCUGGAAAUUAGCAAGCUGUGGGAGGACGGCUUCACCCUCGUCCAGGUGGAGCUCCGCCGGAGAGAAAACGAAAUAGAAGCGCUGAACAGGAAGUUGAAGGUGAUGGAAAACGAGCGUUUGACGGUUCUGUCUCAGGUUCAGACUACAAAUCUGUCUUCAUCAUCUUCCUCCAUAAGAGAGCCGCAGAGCAAGCUGCUGCCGCCUACCGGUGACGGGCCGAUAAUAGAUUCAGUCAAGACUUUGUCGUCCGAGCAGACUGUCAGAGAGACGGCGGACCCCUCGGCCAAUCAAAGAACACCACCACCUUCACAGACGCAGGAGAGAGAGACCGAGCCGCUCAGGUCUGACCAAUGCGAGGACGACGGUCAGGACGACGACGACGACUUGAUCGUCAAGCUAGAAGACGAGGACGACGUGCAGAUCGUGGAGCAGGUGGUGGACUCUGAUCAGAGCGUUAACGAUGGAGCUGUUCACCAUGAGAUGGAUCUGGACCUCCAACCCGCCGAGGCGGUGGAGGAACAGGAGAACCAGCAUUGGUCGUUGGUGUCAGUGGGAGAUAGCGACACGGCUGAGGACUCGGACUGCUUUUUAGAACCGAAGCAGCUUUCACAAAACCUGGACUCUGAAAUCCUGCUCAUUCAGAACGCGUUGGACAUUUUUGAUAACUCGGCAGAGACGGCAUACUCUGACAUGUUGGAUAACCAACAAGGUGCAUCGAGUAAAUCAAGGACUCCUUUGUCUUUUAACCAAGCUCAGCCGAGUCAGCCUUUAGACGCAAUAAAUCACCCAGAGAGAGGAGUUUCUAUCAGAUUCAACAAACCACACACUAAAAACUUUGCAGCCUUUAACCCCGACCACAGGUUCUUACUCUUAAACGACCCCGAGCUGCACAAAACUAUAGCGAGUCGCCCGAUAAGGGAGAAAUGGUUCAUCUGCCCGUUCUGCGGGAAAAGCUUCGACCGCAUCAGCCAUCUGCAGAUUCACCAGCGGAUUCACACGGGGGAGAAACCGUACACGUGCGACACGUGUGGCAAGAAUUUUUCACAGAGGAGCAACCUUCGCACUCACCAGCGGACUCACAAAGACGCUCUAGCCCAAAACGCUGUUUGAUUGAACAGAAGCGGAAGACUGGGAGAGCUAGAAAUAUCUCUGUGACAUUUACGUGGAGUUCAUCUAACAAAUUAAGUUUGUUUCCUGAUACUGAAAAGUAAUGUAGCCGAGUGGUUUUACUGUGCAAUCUUGUUAUUUUUAGGAUAAAUCAAAACUUUGACAAAGCUUUGUUUUUAAAAAAAACGAACUUUGGUACGUACGUAUUGAUUUUAAAUCUGACCAGUAAAGAGUUUUAAACACUUCCAGUCCUGGAGACACAAAAAAGACAAUAAUCAGUCUUUAAUAUUUUGCAGAUUGAUGUGAUGCAGUGUGGAUUUGAUUUUCUUUUGAGGGGCUGUAGCUGAACUGUAACAGUAGAACCUCUGAUGUCCUGUUUCAUCGCUUCUUUUCUAUUCAGCGUCAACAAGCAGGUUAAACAAUCUAAACAAGCAAAUAAAAAAAUACUUACAAAUAUUCCUCGACCAGAUGGAACGACAAAAAGAAAUCUUGACCGUAAUGCUGCUGAAACAGGAAACUUUGGCACCCGGUUUCCUUUUCUUUUUUUUUUUUUAAAGGAAGGUCAUAUUUCUAGAAAAGACAAGAAAGUGAUCAUUUUAUUAAUUUAAAAAUUCAGCUUUGCAUCUUAAUGUUUUAGCUUUCCAUGGAUAUUUACAAGUCUACAGAAGAUGAAUAGGGCCAGGAAUGAGAAAAAAAUAAUGAGAGCAGGAAGAUUUGUUUUCAGUAUGCACUUCAAGAAAAAAAUCAAAAAGUCGAGAAGAAGAAAGUCAAAAUUUCACAAUAUUGUAUUUCAACGUAAUUUUCGACAUUUGGCCUUUUCUUCAACAUUUUGACUUUAUUCUCAAAGUGCAUAAUGGAAAAUGAAUCUCCCUCCUACCAUUAUUAAUUUCUCGUGUCUGGCUCUAAUCCUCUUCUGUACAAGUCAGUGAAGUUAGAUCAUUAGUCAGAAAAGACUUCAACACUCGUAUGCAUCAGUAAACAUUCUGUAGAGCGAUCUCAAGCGGGGGGGGGUCUCUCGGGGCUUCAUGGACGGUGGAAGAUUUAUCUGUGAAGGUCGUCUCUCCUGUCGUCCAGCACAGCACUUUCUGAAUGGAGGAGCUGCAUUUGAAAGAAAUUGUUGAACGUUUUCAGAAGUCUGCCUCUGAUUUCACUUUCUUCAAGUUAUGCAUUUGAUGUUACCACAGGUCUCCAGUUAGCCUAGCCUAGCUUAGCUUAGCACAAGAACUGAAAAGACCUGGCUCCCGUCAAAGGUCACCAGGACUCCUAAAACUCACCGGUUAACAAGUUUUCUGUUAAACUCAUUAGUCGAAAAUAUACUCAGCUGUAUAUGAACAAAUGUAAACAAGUUGAAUGCACACUUAGCUUGUGUGCAAAUCGAACAACACAGCAGGUUAAGGUGAGUAUUUCAGACUCUAGGGCUCUGGUAGGCGGAUAUCGUUACUACUGGACGGAGCCAGGCGAGGCUGUUUUCCCCCCGUUUCCAGUCUUUGUGCUAAGCUUGACUAAACUGCUGCUGUCCAAGCCUUUAUAUUUUUCCUUACAGGAAUGAGAGAUUAUCCUUUUUUUUUUAAAUUUAGCUCUGAAAGAAAUCAAACACUUGUAUUCAUAUUCUCAGUUAUUUUUUGGUCAUUACUGUAAGCGUCAGAAGAAAGAUAAACCAGGAAAUCACGACAGUUUGUCUAAUACAAAUGUUACAUAACUUCUACAGCUGUGAUCAAUGAUAUCCCUUUAACCUCAUGUCUGAGCUGUAACAAGUUUAAUUGUCGCAGGUUAUAAUGAUUAAAAAAAAACUGACUUUGUUUUUAUGCUGCACUUUUAUGAAUAAACAUUGAAGCAGUUA